UAUCUUGUAGGACGGUCUGACCUUGACGGCGCUUCGAAUUUCUUCAAAUUUCUCGGAAUGAGUCUGUGGGUCGAUAAAUACACGCCUACAUCCUUGGGGAAGCUGGAUUACCAUAAACAGCAAGCGAAAAAUCUGAAACAUCUGGUUGAUAGUAAUAACUUUCCACACUUGCUUGUGUAUGGACCAUCAGGUGCUGGAAAAAGAACCAGAAUAAUGUGCAUUUUACGUGAACUCUAUGGAUCAGGUGUUGACAGGCUACGGAUGGAACAUCAUACUUUUACGACACCCUCAAAUAAAAAAGUCAAUUUGUCAACUGUAUCGAGCAAUUUUCAUUUAGAAGUUAACCCGAGUGAUGUUGGGAUCUAUGAUCGUAUUGUCAUUCAAGAAUUGAUAAAAAAUAUGGCUUCAACAGCUCAGCUUGAUAGUGGACAACAGAAAGAUUUCAAAAUAGUAGUUUUACAUGAAGCUGAUCAUUUAACACGUGAUGCACAGCACGCAUUAAGAAGAACUAUGGAAAAGUACAUUUCAACUUGCCGUCUAAUCUUGUCAGCAGAAUCUACUAGUAAGAUAAUUUCUGCUACGCGUUCACGGUGCCUGCCAAUAAGAGUUUCUGCUCCAUCUAUCGAUGAAAUUGUUGAAAUUCUUAAGAAUACUGCUCGCCGAGAAGGUCUUACAAUGCCAGUUGAAUUAGCGAAACGUAUUGCUGUAUCCUCUGACCGAAAUCUUCGCCGUGCUCUUUUAUACGCUGAAGUAGCUAGAUGGCAACAUUCUCCUAUGACUCCAGACCAGAGUGUACAAUUACCUGAUUGGCAGGUGUUUAUCUCUGAAACAGCUUCCGCUAUUUUAGUUGAACAAAGUCCCAAAAAAAUAUUAGAAGUCCGAAAUCGAUUGUAUGAAUUAUUGUGUCAUUGCAUUCCACCGAAUGUGAUAAUGCGAGGUUUAGUAGAUAAUCUGUUGAGUUCAUGUGAUCGUAAUUUGAAGCUGGAAUUGGUUCAAUUGGCUGCAGAAUAUGAGCAUCGAUUAAAUUUAGGCCAAAAACCAAUCUUUCAUUUGGAAGCAUUUGUCAUCGCUUUUAUGGCAAUGUAUAAACGAUAUGUUGAAGAGGCUCUUGGCUCUGGUAUGGAAUGGUGAAGAACAUAAAGAAGAAUAAGAGCAAAAGAACUACCAUACACAGCAUUUGUUGGAGAUUUCUAAGAUAUUUUUUUGGUGUUGUUAACUAU